AUGUUUUUAAAAUUACCAGAUACUAAGUCAGGAGCAGAAAAGUGGCGGCCAAUGGCCAUUUCUAAUCCAUCAACACGCUUAAGAAUGGCGCGUUCAAUGCCUCAUUGGGUUAUGGCACAAGAACAAUCAAAAUCAGCAGAAAAAUUACGACGACCGCCAACACCACCUAAAAUCCCGCCACCAUCUCUAACCGGGGACUGCGGCGAUCCCGACUACGAAGUAAUCGAGUUCACAGGAAACCCCCAGCAGACUUCGAGGACUAAUAAUAACGGAAAAGCAUUAGAACUUACAAGAAUAACAUCAACAAACAACAAUAAUAAUGUCAAUAAAUGUGCUCUGUGCGGCGCGCAUAAUUUAUUCGCAAGAUGUGACGCGUGCAAUGAAAAUUUUUGUGAGACUUGCGACGACAUGAAUCAUAAACAUCCCAAACGACGUGGUCAUGUACGCAGACGAAUUGUAACUGAUCAUAACCAAAUGAAUUUUCGUACUAGACCACCAUUACCACCCAAAGGCGAAACUCCACUGAAUCCUCCAGUACCACCGCCGAGAAGAAAUCGUAGAAAUACUCAGGCAAGGCCGUCGGUUAAUCAGGAUCCAGGAGGCAUCUCGUUUUCCGAUAAAGUUGGAAGUUUGAAAAGAAACAGCAUCAAUGUCCAAGGAAGACCGUUGCCGUCUGCGCCAGAAUCAUCGUUAAUUGCAUCUAAGUCCGUCCAGUCGCUUAAUACUUCUAAUAAUGCUAAUGAUCCCAAUGGAGCUGGCAUGGAUAAAAUGUCAACACUUCAGGAGAGAUAUAGAAAGUAUCAGGAAGCUAUGAGAGCUCAGGAUGCAAAUAGAAGAAGAAUUCCCACACCAGAAACUCCUAGAGAAGCUCCAAGUCCUAGACCAGUGAGUCUUGGUAGUUCCAGAGGUAAUUUGAUGGUACCUCCACCACCUCCAAGAACUGGAAUGAUGCAAUCGUCGAGUGUUUGUGACUUGUCUUCUCAGAAUUUAUGGAACCCAGCAAUGCAACAGGCUCAGUCGAUGGCUCAUCUGACUCAGCGUAUGCCGAUGAUGUGGUACCCACCACCAGGAAGUCCCUGGGACAAUCCAAUCAGUGGUUCCACGAUGAGUUUGAAUCAUCCAGCAAUGUGGGGUUAUCCGAUGGGUUAUAAUCAAGCAAUGUUACCUCCUCAUUAUCCGUCGGCUAAUGUAUCCAGGUGCCCUAGUCCAGCGAGAAGCUACAAGUCUGGCAGACGCAGUAGAGCUGCUUCGCCGUCGUUCAGCCAAAAGUCUAGAAAAUCUGUAGUGUCGAGAGUAAGGCGGUCACCAAAUUCGACCGACGCGAGUUCUGAAGAAUCUGAUGACUCUGAUUUCGAUGAUCAGUUGUCCAGAAGCUCGAGAAAUCUUCGGAGGGGCAAUGUAUCCUCGAGGCGAAUCACGGGAUAUCAUGAUGUUGAUGACAAUAGGUCGACAAUGUCUCGAAGUCGUAGAGGAAACUGGAGAUCUGAGGAUAGAAUUAACGGAAUGAAUUCUUCAUCAUCACGAAAUUUGGACUAUGAAGAUUUAGAGUUUCGUUCUGUGUCUUCUAGACAGCAGUCAGAGAAUGACGAUAUUCGCAGAAGAAGAAAUACAAUGGAUCAUUAUUUAUCUUCGCGACAAAAUUCCGAAACUGAUGAUAGCCGUGGCCGUAAACGUACUGAGCCUACAAAUGUUAAUCCAGACUCACGAUCGCGUUUAAUGUCCUCUCGGCAUAACUCAGAGACUGAAGAUGAUCAUAGGUUGCGACGCAAAACAGAAUCUUUUAAUAAUGAUGAGAAACUGAUGAAAAAUAAUGGGACAUUACGGAGUCGUCGAAAGUCUAAUGCUGAAUACGAACGUGAAGUUUUAAACAAAAAAACGAAUUCAAAUACUACGCGAAACAGAUUUGCCAAUUCGUCUGAUAGUACUGGCGAAUUAAUUACGACUAAUAAUAAUAAUAAUAGUAAUAAUAAACGCGCUGAAUCAGUUGUUAGGGAAAUAAAAAAAUCUCCAUUGAGAGAAGUAAGAAAGUCAGUUGAAAGAGAAGUUAUCAGGGAACCAACUCCUAAAGAAUCAAUAAAAGAACCAACUCCAGAGAAAAAUCAUAAAGUACAGCCUGAUGAAAAUAUUAAACAAGAUAAAAUUAAUGAAGCGAAAUCUUCGGCAUCUCAGAUUAAAAAAACUUCUCAACAACCAGCAGCAGAAGAAAAGACUGAAGAAGAUAAAGAAUGGGCAUGUGAACAUUGUACGUUUAUAAAUGAAGCUAAAGAACGGGUUUGUAUUGUUUGCUGCAAAACAAAGCGGAGUGCACUCCCUCCCAAUCCGGAGAAUACUCCAGAAUCUUCAGAAAACGUUCAAGAAUCCACACCUGAACCCGCAACAAAGGUUUCCAGCAUAAAAAUGUCCAAUGGCGAAGAAAGCGGGGACAGCACUGCGACUACCCAAAGCAAAGAUGUAGAAAUAGUAAAAAAUGACCAAGAAUUAAAUUCAAACAUUGUUGAAGACAAUCAAACAAAUAAGUUAGAGUCGGUAUUAAAUUCAUCGCUUCGUGAAAACAUAAAAACUCAUGCUUCAAUAUCUACAUCCACUUCUCCUAUUAAGGAGUUGGAAGAAACUACUUCUGAAGUUAUAAAAACUCAAGAUAAUGUCCCUCCACCAGUUCCUACUGUGUUGUCGCCAACUCCUAUUCGAGCUUCAGAAACUCCUGACGUUGGACCUUCACCCGUCCCUUCGAUUGCUUCAAUAGAAAGGGGGACAUCACCUCCACCUCAAAGUAUCGCUACUCAGACUUAUGAAGUACCACCUAAAAAUAAUGGAGUUGGAAAAAAAUCCAAAGAAUAUCGCGAUCAAAAAGGGAUUUAUCAAGAUGAAAGUGAUGGCGAGGAAAUAAGAUACACAAAUAGUCCAGAUUUGUAUCCUCGAGUCCAUUAUCAGCAUAUUAAUCAACCAACUUCGUCUCAUGGAACAAGAAGAAAUUCUAUUGAUUCAACGCAUCUUUAUUUUCAUUCUAGGGACAUUAAUCAAUCGAGAUAUCAUCAAGACUCGCCAACAAUUGGACCGGUGUCUCCAAGUGUAUCGACUCUGACUCGUCAAGGCUUGGAGAUUGUUGAACUUUUACGUGAAGCUGAACGUCAAGGAUUUUCAGCUGAUGACAUUCAAGUGGCACUGGCACAAGGCGCUGUUAAUCCUAUUGAUUGGCUUAUAAAUCAGUGGCCACAUCUCAUUGAAACUGUUCAAAUUCUCGUUUCGACGAGGGGAAAAGAAAUGCCUGAUUGUAAAAAUGACAUUGGAUUUUUAUCGAUUGUUGAAGCGAAAGAAGUUUUGCGCGCCUGUAAAGGCGAUGUUUGGACGAGUGUCACUCGUGCUAUUCAACUCAGGCAACAAAAGUUGAUGUUGUUCGAGCACUUGAUAAUAAUGCAGGCAAUGAAGAUCGAUCCUAAGCUUUUAGUCCAACUUAAAGCACACAGAAAUACUGUACCUGUACCACGUCAUUGGUGCUUCAAGAGAAAGUACUUGCAGGGAAAGAGAGGUAUUGAAAAGCCUCCGUUUGAUCUUCCUGACUUUAUUAAACGGACUGGUAUCACUGAAAUGCGGGCAAGUCUUCAAGAGCGUGAUGACGGGCGUACUCUCAAGGCCAAAAUGCGGGAAAGAGCUCGGCCUAAGUUGGGUAAAAUUGAUAUUGAUUAUCAAAAGCUUCAUGAUGCUUUUUUCAAGUGGCAAACAAAGCCGCGUAUGACCAUUCACGGGGAUUUGUAUUACGAAGGCAAAGAAUUUGAGACUAGAUUGAAAGAAAAGAAACCUGGUGAGCUGUCUGAUGAAUUGAGGACUGCUUUAGGUAUGCCGGUUGGUCCUAAUUGCCAUAAAGUUCCUCCGCCAUGGUUGAUCGCUAUGCAGCGAUACGGACCACCGCCAAGUUAUCCAAACUUGAAAAUUCCAGGAUUAAACGCACCUAUUCCAGAAGGAUGUGCCUUUGGGUAUCACGCUGGUGGAUGGGGUAAGCCUCCGGUUGACGAGACUGGUAGACCGCUCUACGGAGACGUUUUCGGCGUCGCCAGACCUCUUGGUGGUGACAUUAUGGACGAAGAAGUCGAUCGUGGAAUGUGGGGAGAGCCGGAGUCUGAAUCUUCUGGUGAAGAAGACGAGGAUGAAGAUGGCGAGGAGGAAGGUGAUGCUGAUGGCAAAGACGUCGAUGGUGAUGGUAGUGGUCUGAUUACUCCUGGAGCCGAGGGACUUAUCACUCCAAGUGGUAUUGCUUCUAUUCCAGCGGGUCUUGAAACUCCAGAAACUAUUGAGCUGAGAAAGAAGAAAAUUGAGAGUGAAAUGGAGGGUGGUGAUACUCCGGCACUGUACACGGUGCUACAAGAAAGGCGCACUGAAGGGCUGGGUGCUAGCAUGAUGGGCAGUACUCAUGUGUAUGAUAUGACUGGAGCCGGUGGGCAAGCCCCGCCGUCUGUCAUCGCUGCGGCUCGACGAGGCAUGAGUGGCUCGGCUUCUGAGUCGAGGGUCGAGAAAGAUGGUACUGUCGAAGUGGCUCUAGAUCCUAGUGAGCUUGAUCUCGACUCAGAAGCCAUGGCUUCGAGCGUUUUUCGUGAUGAGAAGUCAACAGUCAUUAGCGGACUCGAAAGAUGGUAG